AUUUCUUGCUUGGCGACGGUAGUAUUUUCAAUAUGGCCACAUACCAAAAUGGAUAUGACGGAAGGGAACACAGAAGACGACAGUAAAUACGCAUUUCUCCUCGGUAGUGCCUUACGGAACGAUGAUUCUGAACAGUUGUUGAUGAUAUAUGACAGCCUGAUUCCCAAAUCUAUAAGUGAUCUUAGGGUUAGUGAGUAUUAUUUUUUGGCAAUAUAAAAAUGUAUAAAAUUCUUAAAUUUAUUCUUGGAAAAAAUACUUGGAUUAUGUAUUUUUCAUUUUUGUAUUUAAAAAGUAUAAGUUCUUAGUGCCACAAGGCUGUUCUUUACUUAUUAUAUUACAAUUUAAUAAUGCUAAUCUUUAUUUUAUACUUUCAUCUUAUCAUCUUCUACAGUAAAUAAGCUGUUUGUUACAAGUACAAGAAAUUGUUAUAUUUUAAAAGAUAUAGUUUAACAUGACCUAGUUAUUUCCCUUGCCUUUAUAUUCUAUUUCCGGGGUAUUUCACGAACUUUUAAAUUAUCAUAUUCAUUAUACGUCCAGGUCCUGGGCAAAAUAGUUUAGUUUCAGAGACUGGUAAAUAUCAUGCAAGUUUUCUGUGUAAUCUGUGUUUGAGCAUAUAUAAAGUUAUCUUAUUUUGUGUAUUAAGGAAUGAAAUUUCGCAAUCGGCAUUCUUGCUUUACUUGGGAUUAAGUCGUGUAAAUAUUUAAAGUAUAAACGAUAUGACGUGGGUCAUGGUGGUGGUGGUUCCUCCUACUACUCGGACUGCCUACUCGCUUGUAAUACGGUAAAUAACUUCAGACGCGGUAGCAUGCCACUUUUAAACAUACGUAUUUAUUUUUAUUGCGUGUUAAUAAAUGCGUAUUUAUUUCAUAAAGAAGCCAGUAAUUUAAAAUAUUUUGAAAGUUAGAAUGGAUAUCAUCCAAUGACGUGAUCGUAGUGGUUUAUAUGGCCUUGACUUCCCUUGUGGGCAGGGGUAUGACUAUGACUGAUUUUGACGGAGGCCGAAACUUUUGGGCCCUAUUGGGACAGCCGGUGAUAUAUUUCCCCUGCUAAGUUAGUAGCUCUAAGUCUAAGCUUAUUUUAUAGAAUAGGCUUCCAUUGUAUAUAUAGACUGCAUUUCUUUUUACAUAUAAUGUUUAGUUAAAUUUAUUAAUUAAACCAUCAAAUUGUUUCUUAUAUUUAUAUUAUAUAGUCUAUUGUAUACCCCCAAUAAUAGUAUAAGUAUAAGCAAACUCAAACAUAAUGUCUUUUUCUUUUUGUUUGUUUUUAAAUUAGGCACAGGCCUUGCAGUCUGAAUUAGGGAAAUAGUAGGCAUAAAUUAAAUCAGCUGUAAAUCUAAUUGAAAUAAUUGGCUAAUUUAAUUUUUAAUAAAACAAAUGAAGGUGUUAUUGAUCCAGUUUAGAAAUUUUUAAAACUUUUACUGGCUUUUUGUUCAGUUUGUUAUAGGGACACCUUUUCUUAACCUAUGGCCAUGGCUAUUAUUAUUGUAUUAUUAAAAUAAAUUCAUCUUGAUUAUUUUUUGGUCCCAAGCCUAUGGAAUCUGGGAGAAAGAAUAGUUCAAAUAGCCUAAGUAAUUUUAUGCUUUGACAUUUGGUAUAACAAGUGAAUUUAGGAAACUACUUAAGAAUUGAGAUUAACUAAUAACCAACCUUAUCGUAUCACAUAUUCUAGGCAAGUUUUAUGCCCGUUAUAUUGGCCUAAUCUCCAGUAAAAUUAAUUUUUUAAUCAGGCAUAAUUUCGAUGUAUUCAAAAUUAUUAUAAAAUCUCAAUACUUGAGAUUGAGUGGAUAAAGUUGAUGAUUUUUGGGCUUAGAUUUUUUAUGUCUUUUGGGUCGAUUUUCCCCCACCCCCAUAAUCAAUAAUGUGUCAAACAAUUUAGAAUCCCUAAUAAUUCAUCAUCACAAAUUCAUGCCCCAUCCCUAGAUGUUGAUGUCAUUUAUGGAUAUUAGUGAAUCUCAUAUUUAUUGAAAAGUUUAUAGCUGAAAUUGUUUUCUAAAUAAGUUCCUAAAAAUUAGUGUGGAUUUUCUAUUGCUCCUUCCCAUUCAAAUAUUGUCAGUAUGCAGGAGAAGUAGAAAACGUGAGCAUAAAAUGUAGCAGUCUGUAUUUUGUGAUUGCUUGAUUUGGAUAGUUUCUUUUAUAAGAACGGAUAAAAUUUUCUGCUGAAAUAAGUAUUUAGAUUUUUGUUCUUUUUUUGCCAUGAUUUGAAAAUUUGUGAUGCUUUAUGCAAUUUCAAUUUCUUUAAUUUUUUAAUUCCUUGACAAUCUUUAUUCAAUUUCACAUUCAUUGCAAUGACAAUACUGUAAUGUAAAAUGCUGCCAUUUGAUUACAUAAACAUAUUUAUAGUGCAAUUAAAGUAAUAUGUUCAAGGUAGUUUGAUGAGGAAAGAAUUUUUUAUUUUAUUUUUAAAAAUAAAAAAUGUUACUUGACUAACUCAAUAAAUUAAUUUUUUUUUCAAGUGCCUGAAUUUAUUUAUUAUUUUUUAAUAUUAAGAUCUAUAAUUAGUUAUUUGGAUAGAGAAAUAGAAUUGAGGAAGACUUGAAACCAAUGUUAUUAUGUUCUUUCUGGUGUAAUAAAUUGCAUAGUUCAUCUGAAAGCACAUAUCUUAUCAUGGCAAAGAUGUUUGACUUGAAUAGUAUUAUUAACAAGGCCUAGUAUUUUAAUACUGAGCUGAUAAUAAGUUAAUAUACAAGUAACUCUUAUCUACCUGGAUAUGGGCGUUAAUUUUUUGAUAAACUUUUUUUCCAUAUUCAUUAACAGAAAAUAUAUUUUUUUGUUAUUCUAUUUUUUAGAAAGUGGUAUUUAGAUUUUACAAACUUUAAACUAUUUUUAAAACUAAUUUUUGUUUGUUAAUGUGUUUAAAAUGUAUAGGUAAUAAGUCACAUGGCCAUAUUUGUAUUAUCCAUGAGCCUUUGGCUACCAAAUGAGUUUUUCAAACUGUACUCAACCCAGAUACCUUUUUGCCUUAAUCAUUACUAUUUUAACUUUUAUGAAAGGCCUGUGUUUGAUAUGUUUAAGUGAAAAGAUUUGAAUAUUAUUUUGGGGGGAAAUGAUAAUCAUUUUCAACUGAUUAUCCAUUUUGAAGGCCUUUGUAUUAAAUGUAUAACACUUUGGCAAAGACAAGAAACAGUUUAUCAGUAGUUGGCACUUGCAACUCCAUAUUUUAAACUAAGAAUGCAACUGAUUUUUAAAUUAAAAUGAUUUAUGUUGUUAAUUUUGUUCUGUUUCAGAAAAAGGUGAACUAAAUCAUCAUUUUGUAGUGUUGACUAUCAGUGCGAAGAUUUUUUAAUCAGCAAUUAGGGUAGUCACAUUUGCAUAAAUAGAGAUACAGUGCUAAAAUAUUACUCUUAGUGGUCAAUAUUUGUAUUAAUAAUAACGGUACUUUUUAUAAAUGACCACAUUUAUAUGCCAGCAACACAUCUAAAUUUCACAAUGAUUGAAAUGCUGAUAUAGGUAUUAGACAUUUUCUUUUCAAAAAGCAUCAAUUUUACAACGAUUAAAAGGCGGAUAUUUAAAAAAAAAUUAAGGACCAUAAAGUGAAUAUUUAUUUUUGUAAUGUUUGUCUUGUUUUGAAAUCAUUGAAAGGUUAUGUUAGUCUGUUUUUCAUCUAAUUGUGGUGGUGUUGAUAUUUCACUUCUUUGAUACAUUAUAAAUUAAAUAAACAGCUAAUUUUCUUUUAAUAUGCUCAAGUCACAUAGAGAAACAAUUGAAUUUUGUUUCUGAAAUAAAAUUAGUCGGAAAACCAAAUUUUUUCAUUUUUAUCUUCUUAGUGUUUGAUAAAAGAUAUCUUACAUAAAAUUUUGGGGGGGGGGGGGGGGGGAGAUUUUUUUAUAAAAUUAAAAAAAAAUAAAUUUUUUUUUUUAAAAAAAGGGGUUUUUGAAAAAAACGGGCUUAGAUUGCUUUAUAACAUCAAAUACUUUAGAGCUGACGCAUUACAGUUAUAUUUUGUUCUCAGGUGUCACAAGAAUUCUCUAGAUGAAGAAAAAAACAUGUAAAAUCAAAAUUUAAAUUAUUAAGGUAUUUCAGGCUUUCUACCGAGAAUGUUAUUUCAUGAUAUAACUCAUAGCUAGAUGAUUUUAAAAAAAACAUUUGACAUGAUAAAUUAUUUAUCUUCUUAUUUUUUUAAAAAUACAGCUUCAAUCAAUUAAAGAGGGUGCAAGACAAGUAUCUGAACUGCCUGACCAUGAGUUUAACAAACUAGUCAUCAACGCAAGAACUUUCAGUCUGGCUCCAGGUCGGUCCAGCAUGAAUCAAUAUAAUCGAAGGAGUACUACACCUCCUACUAACCUUCUACAAAAUGAUAUUAGCAGUUCUUGUAUUGGUAGUGGUACGGACUUAAACCUGAAAUCCCCCAUUCUACUUCAUAGUUCUUCUCCAAAGUUGAGCAGAUCAUUUCAAGAUGAAGACUCUGGUCUGGCCUCGUGUAAGUUCUCUGAAAGCCUUGUGGGAGAAGCCAACGAGGAGGAUCGAACUGGAGCCGAUGACAUUCUGUUACAUUGUCAAACCAACCACGUGAGAAUAACACCAACAUUUAACCCUCCAUACGAUGAAGAGGUUAAAAUAGACUCCAGCACUGGGGACUCAUCCAUUGAGUCCCCACGUAGUGAGACUUCUGUCACUCACGAUGAAUACAACCUUAUGGAUGAGGGCACAGAGAUGGAAACACUGUCUUACAAAGAAACGCCACAGCUUUGUGAGAGUGUUCCUCCAAGACAGCCUACAAGCAGCAGGAGUAAUCAUGAGAGAAACUAUUGGGAUUACAUGCCUCAGAACAAUGUUAAAGAGCUGUCUGAUGAUGAAUCUGAUGAUCACCCAUACCAAAAGCAGCCUGUAGAUAAGUCUAUCAACAUUGAUCAGUAUACCAGAUUGGAAAAAGAUCAGCCAUUAUAUAAUGGCACAAGCUUUAGCUUUGAUGACUCUAUAAGAAUGGGUCAUCAUAAAGGUGAGUUGUAUUACAUUCAGCAACAUAGGCACAUUUUUGUAUUGAUAUUUUUAAAAAAGGGAUGGGGUGGGAGAUCAUAUAAAUGUUACUCUUGUUUCUUAGUUUAUCAGUUUAUCCAUUGAUAUCCUAAUGCUGCUUUAAAAUAUUUUUUUUAUCCUUAAGGCAGAACAUACUUAUAUUUUAAAAAAUUUAUUUAAAAAUUUUUUUUAAAAUCUUCAGAUAGUCAAAAUGCAGUGGACCAACUAAAUCUUGGUUUACUUGAUGUCAAUGGUAAUCCAAAACAGAAAGACUUGACAUAUUAUUCACAGUUGCGUAAAUCUCCAGGGGGAGCAGAAAAUGCGUCACUGGGAACUGCUAUUCUAAGCAGCAGUGCUCGCAGUGCAUUGUCUGGCACAGAAGGAACUAGACAGCGCAAGCACCGGCCCAAGAAAGACCCGGUCAUCUUAGCAGAGACUGUUUCUGACUACAAGGGAAAUUUGCCCCUUGAAGAUAUUUUAUUCUUCAUAAAUGGAAAAGUUGCUGACAAAGAACUUUCUAAAGAAACUCCUACUAGUAAUGGGGCAGCCAAGAUGGAAAGUAAAACAAAAAAGAAACAGGAUCGAAAUAACAAAAAAGAAAAGCAUGGUUCUUUUUCAGAGGAAAAGAAAGAUGAAGGUACCAGUAAUUAAGUUGUUGUGUGUUUAAAAGAGCGUUUUAUUGCUCAACUCACUAUUAUUUGCUGGAGUCAGUGGGACGAAAAUAGACAUGCCAUCUUUGGUUUGGUUGAAUAAAGGAAAAUUACUUGUCUAUUUAUUUUUGUUUUCACCUAUUAUGUUCAAAUUUAGCUUUAAUUUUUUUAAAGAGUAUUUGUGAAGUUUAUCCACCUGUGAGUUGAUCCUUUCAUUACCAUAUGACGAAUGGGAAAAUAUUUUUGCAAUGCUUAUUUGUUAGUUAACUUCCUAUAUGGAUAUAUUUUGUAAUCUCUCAAUUAGUUAACUUAUAUUUAUUUCAAUUCAAUUUUUAUUUUAAAUUAAAACGUCCUGUUAAAUUUUCCCAUUUCAGGGAAAGUUCAAACAAAUGCAGCAGACAUUAGCAGUGAGCUCAUGGCAGUUUCUUCAGCAUCUGCUAUUCAUUCAAGCGAUGCAGGUGCCAAAACUGAUGGAGGCAAUUUCAUUUCUAAUCUCAAAACCGAUGAUUUUGAAGUUUUUAAACCUGCAGAAAAAUCCAAUGACUUAGGAGAACAUUCUAAUUUAGG